CUCGGAUUGCGCAUUUCAAUAAUUUUGUGAUUUAAAUUUUCCAAAAGGACAUUAUGGAUAUAAGUUACUUAACAAGAUGCGUUUUAUUAUUGGUUGGUAUUAUUUUGACGACAGAAUUUGUGGAAUCGAAGAAAGAAACACCAAAGUGGAUCAAACGAUCUUUGAAAAGAGAAAGAAUCCGGCAUCACCAUGGCGGGUUUAUGAAAAAGCAAUCCUCAGAAAGUUUUGACAAUCCACAAGCCUAUAAAGCUACCUGCUGUAAAAAUGGUGGACGUUGUAUCAUGGGGUCAUUUUGUCAUUGUAAAAAAAAUUAUUAUGGACGAUAUUGUGAACAUAAAUCAGAUAAUAAGAAUUGUGGUAAAUUUAAACAUGGUGUUUGGUUGAAAUCAGGAUGCAAUCUAUGCCGAUGUUUUGAUGGUGUAUUGAGCUGUAUUCCUAGAGCUUACAGUGGUUGUGAUGACAAGCCAGUACAUAUUCGAGAUAAAUAUAAUCCCGACGACGAAGUUUAUGUCUUCCCUACAGAAACAGAAGACAAAGUCGAGGAAGAUUCCAAUUACUAUGACGUCACUCCAUCUGAUGCUGUCAACAUUUCAAAAUCCUGGAUCUCAGUAUUGUCCGCUGUGGUCUUAAGCUUCAGAAUCAUAUACCGUUGAGAUUCACAAUCUAAAAGCACAUGAGUCCAUGGUAGGGUAUGGUCCAAAACCUUGAAAACGUUCAGAUGUAAGAUUGAAAGGGUUAUUCGAACCAGCCGAGAAGAAUGAGAUGUAGUAAUAGGAGACAAGUAACGAGAACUUAAAGCAAAUUGAAGUUUCAAUAUAAUAUGUGAAAAAGCUUAAUUGAAAUAACAAAAUCGUUUCAUUUAAAUCCAAACAAAUCUGUUAAAAAUAACAGUAUUACCAAAAUGACCUGUCAAUAGAAUUAGUGUAAUUCGAGCCAAGAAUUCCAGGGAGGUCAAUAUGCAUUCCGUCCACUAUUUGAUAUGUUAUAAUGCAUUGUUAGUGCCAUUUAUUUUAAAAUAUUGUUUGUUAUGAUAGAUAGUUAUGUAAAUAAACUAAUUUAUUUGUUC